UAGAACGUACGCCAUGUGUUUGCGCCUUUUUUAAUUGAAAAAGAGAAACGAAACAGGAAAAUGGACUCCAUAUUUUUAGUGGACAAAACUGGCAACCAAGAGUUGCAGAGCAAGCAAGGAACAAAUGUUUUUUACAUAAAGGAUAAAGAUAGGUUCUUGCUAUCAGAUGACGAGGGAAGCAGUGACGACGAGACGCCAAACAGCGAAACGGAACUUUUUGGGCUCAAGUUGAGCAGCAAAGAUAUAAACAAUGCUGUGCAUUCUUCGUUGGCUGGGACAAAGCCAGCCCCAUCAAAAGUUGGCAAGCACCUGGAUGCGAUUACACGGAAAGUAGAAGCUGCGGUGGAAAAUUCAAGCAAACACAAAAAAGAGCAGCGAAGGCGGGUCACAGAGUUGGACUGCAGCUAUGGACCAGACUUAAACAAUCGGGCGGAAAAUGUGGAAAAGGAUAUGCUUAUGUCGAGACGAGUUUUAGAUCCGGGUCUGGAGCAGCGCAAUGCUCUGCCUACUGUAGGCAAGAGAAAGCAAUGCAUUCUGAACAGAGCGGAACGUGCAAAAACCAAAGGAAGCGGAUGGUUUGAUCUGCCAGCCACUGAAGUCACCGAAGAAAUGCGCAACGAACUAAAAAUCAUUCAGAUGCGAUCGGUUCUAAAUCCCAAGCAGUUCUACAAGAAGAAUGACUUGAAGGUUCUACCCAAAUACUUCCAGAUCGGAACCGUUCAACAUUCGGCAUUAGAUCACUACAAGGAAAAGAACACAAGGAAGGCCAAAAAAUCACUAGUUGAUCAACUUCUGGAGGACGAGGCCUUCCAGAAGUUUAACAAACGGAAAUACAAUGAGGUAAUCCAACGCACAGACAAAUACGCUUAUCGAAAGACCAUGAAAAAAAUGAAGAAACUAAAGAAAAAUAAAUAAAUCUAUUGCACAGCUUUGUUUUUC